CUCCCCCCCCGCCAUCCGAUCAACAUGGCUUCCGUCCCGAGUGUGCAAUGCUUCGGCAAGAAGAAGACGGCCACCGCCGUCGCCCACUGCAAGCAAGGCAAGGGUCUCAUCAAGGUGAACGGCAAGCCCAUCUCCCUGGUGCAGCCUGAGAUCCUCCGCUUCAAGGUCUACGAGCCCCUCCUCAUCGUCGGUGCCGACAAGUUCGCCGGCGUCGACAUCCGCAUCCGCGUCUCGGGCGGUGGUCAGACCUCGCAGGUCUACGCCAUCCGUCAGGCCAUCGCCAAGUCCAUCGUCGCCUACUACCAGAAGUUCGUCGAUGAGCACUCCAAGAACCAGAUCAAGCAGGCCUUCGCCCAGUACGACCGUACCCUCCUCGUCGCCGACAACCGUCGCCCGGAGCCCAAGAAGUUCGGUGGUCGCGGUGCCCGCGCCCGUUACCAGAAGUCUUACCGUUAAGGGUUUUCUUUAUGCUGCUCUCUUGGUCUCUCUAUCUUCGGGGCGCAGGGGUGGGGUUUUCUGGUCUUCUACUCCCUGUUUUCCGCCGUCUAUCAUCCCCAUCGUCGGAUCUCUCUGCCCGUUAACCCUUUAAAUGGGGUUAUCUCCCCCGGAGAUGGAAAUAGAAACAAGAGAAUUAAAGAAGAAUCUUUGACGGUUGCUUUGUUGGUGUAUCGGGGGAGUGAUUCGAGAACAUAAAAAAAAGUGGAAAAAAGCUUUACUCGGUCCGCUGGCGAUCAUGGUUUGAUGGUGCAAUGGGGCAAGUGGAUUUAUGGUUAUGGUCCGAUCCUGGCUCGGUCUCGCCUGGUUUUAGUGUAGACCAGAAUCUCAAUAUCACCCAAUUUCUUACGUUCGGAUUGAUCUACUCGCUCUGUUUGUUACUGAAGUUAAUUAUAUGAUUUGAUGUCUACUUGUCUUUUG